UGAGAGCAACGACUCGGGAAUCCGUUUUGUCGAAAAAUAAUCGACAAUUCUACUGUAUUCCAAAAUAACAGAUUUGACUUGAUUUGAUCUCUAGAAAAGUUGCUCGAGUUUCACGCUGUCUAGGCAUGCAGAUCGGACAAACAGUGUGAAUCAGAGGGAGGAGUAUCAUGACGCUUCAUUGAUCAAACGGUCAGCACGAAACCCAGAUCAUACCCCGCUCACUAAAACCACCAGCUAGCACCAUACGGUAGCACGCUGCCAACAACAUUUGUCCACUGUCGGUAUACCACCAUGUCGUCAACCACCUCGCCGGCGUCCGGUGUCCCCGCCGCCGAAAUGCCGCCGCCGCGCGUCGUGGAGGACUUGCUCGGCCUCGUCCAGCUCCUCAACGACGGCACCGUCACGCGCGCCCAGGCGCCGCUCGUCCUCCCCGACGACGCGCCCGCGCCCUCGGCCGACGCGCCAGCAUCGGUCCGAUGGAAGGACGUCGUCUACGACGAGACCUACAACCUCGGCCUCCGCGUGUACGUUCCAUCCGCCGAGGGCAAGAAGUUCCCGGUGCUCGUCUACUUCCACGGCGGCGGCUUCUGCGUCGGCAGCUUCGCCAGGCCCGACUUUCACGCCGCGUGCCUCCGCCUCGCCGCCGAGCUGCCCGCCGUCGUGCUCUCCGCCGACUACCGCCUCGCCCCGGAGCACCGCCUCCCCGCGGCGCUGGACGACGCCGAGAGCCUCUUCUCCUGGCUGCGCGCCCAGGCCGCGGCUACCACCGCCGACCCGUGGCUCGCCGAGUCGGCGGACUUCGGCCGCGUGUUCGUGUCCGGCGACUCGGCCGGCGCCAACAUCGCGCACCAUGUGGCCGUGCGCGUCGGGUCGGGGACCCUCGCGACAGCCCCGGCGCGCGUCGCCGGGUGCGUCCUGCUCUACCCGUACUUCGGCGGCGAGCGGAGGACGGCGUCCGAGGCGGCCUGCCCGGCCGACGUGUUCCUGACGCUGCCCCUGUACGACCAGAUGUGGCGCCUCGCGCUGCCGGCGGGGGCGAGCAGGGACCACCCGCUGGCGAACCCGUUCGGGCCGGACAGCCCCGCGCUCCCCGCCGUCCUCCCGCCGGUGCUCGUCGUGGCCGGCGACCGCGACAUGCUGGUCGACCGGAUCAGGGACUACGUGGCGUGGCUGAACGCCACGGGGAGCAAGCGCGCCGAGCUCGCCGAGUUUGCGGGGCAGGGCCACGGGUUCUCCGUCUUCGAGCCCGACGGCGAGGCCGCGGGCGAGCUGCUCCGCGUCGUGCUGCGGCGGUUCGUGCACGGCGGCGCGGCGGCGCCCGCCAGCUGACCGAGCUCUGGGCCGCCAUCGGGGGACCAGGCUCUGCUUGUCUGGACGCGUCCCGUGAGGCAGGCCGUGACGCUGGCACGCUGCUCGUCAGUUCGCGUAAGGCUCUUGUCGCUUUCAUGCGUUGCAUCACUGUAUUGUCGUGGAAUUGAACAGGAAAUAAAGCUACUGUGAACUCAAUCAAACACCGGUCCCCGUAGUACACUGUAUGGUUGGUUACUUGAUUAAAUUUGUGUUGUCAUUGCUCAAUCUCGGUUUAUUUGUUUGGUUUGGGUGAACUGUUUGCCAUUCCGUCUUAAUUUUGAGAUGCGCAACUCUCUUACAUAUUCGAUAUAAAUUGUUUCCGUAAGCUUAUGCAAGUUGCAGCUCUUGACAUCCAACGAUCCCUGAUCCAAAAUUGUCGCUGAAGAAGCCACGGCGAAGGCGGGUACAGACUACAGAGCAGCCUGCACAAUGCAGUUUGGGGCC